UUAUUGGAUUUGGUAUUGUUAUUAUUAUGCAGAUUUAAUCAAACUUCUUCAACACGUGGAGUGAUGCAUGAAAAUAUAAAGCACUUUUGUCUACAAGCUUCAACUAAAGACUAAUUAUUCACAACAAACACUUUCAAUUUCGGCUAUCUCAAUAUCAGAAAGCCUAUACAUCCACUCUGAGAGAGGAAGAUCAGCCAUUGAUGGUUUUUUAUUCAAGAUUCAGAAUCAUCAGAGAUGCUCUCGGUUUGAAGGUACAAGAAGUCAGGCAUGCAUUGAUGGUGUGUUUUACCAUUGUUUAUAAUGGUUUCUGAGGUGAGUAAGUGGUCUCCGAAGUGAACAAGGAUCAGCAAAACAGAAACACAACUCAAAUGAUGUCUUCAAAGAGAAUAGUGAGUUCAUGAGAGAAAUUUGAGAAGAAAGAAGAACAAGAACAAGAUCAUGGAGGGUUUGAUGAUCUUUAGUGCAAUGAUAAUGGUGGAAAUCAUGGAUGUGAUCACAUCAACACUAAGCAAAGCUGCCAUGUCCAAAGGAAUGAACAACUUGGUUUUUGCUGUCUAUUCUAAUUCUCUUUCCACUUUCAUUUUUCUUCCUUUUCUCCUCUUUUCCGGAUUCAGAGAUAAACAGGCUGCCCCUCUAUCUUUGUAUAUGAUCCUUGGCUUCUCUCUCCUUGGCCUUAAUGGGAGUGUGGGGCAGAUAUUGGCAUAUACAGGAAUAAAGUAUAGCUCACCUGCUCUUUUAUCAGCACUCUCAAAUCUCAUUCCCAUUUUCACCUUUCUUCUUGCUCUUCUUUUCAGAAUGGAGAAGGUUGAUUUGAGGAGGAGCAGUGGGAAAGCCAUAUGUGUUGGAACCAUUUUGGCUGUUUCAGGAGCUUCCUUAAUAACCUUAUACAAAGGCCCAUUGUUACUCAAUAAUAUCUCUUCUUCUAAUUCCUUUGAGAUUAAACAAGAAGAAGAUGAUCGUCAUCUUCAUUUACUACACUCACACAAUUCAAAUUGGAUCCUUGGAGGUUUUCUCUUUCUAAUCACGAGUUUACUCUCAGCAAAUUGGCACAUUGUUCAGACGUGGUUUGUUAAGAAGUACCCAACCAAAAAAAUAACAAAUCAAUUCUUCUUCACAUUAUCCAUGGCAGUCCAAACAGCAGCUUUUGCCAUGGUCGUCGAGAAAAACACAACUGCUUGGAAACUCCAACCCGACAUCGAAAUGGUCACUAUCGCAACAUCGGGUAUAGGAGGUGUGGUUCGUAUUGGAGUCCACAUAUGGUGCUUGCAAAGGAGGGGUCCUCUUUACGUUGUAAUGUUCAAACCCCUUGGCAUGGUGGUUGCCAUCCCCUUGGUUGUCACAUUUCUUCAUGAACCACUUUAUCUUGGAAGUGUGAUUGGUUCCAUUGUGAUUGGUUGUGGGUUCUAUUGUGUGAUUUGGGGUCAGAUCAAGCAACUGGAUUUGACCUUACUUUCUUCUACUUCUCACUCACAGUCGGCUUUUGAAUCACCCUCGGCCCCUCUUCUGUCUCAACAACACUCUUAAAGUGCAUGUCUACAGACGAGUAACAAAGUUUUUCUAUUUAUAUAUUAGAAAAGUUCAUGAUAGUAAUGUGCUCCAAUCUCUACUGCCAACGCAUUAUCUAACAUUCUCUCCAACUUCUGCUACCGAUCGAACUGAUCAUGAAAGCGAUGAUAAUAUAUAUUUCUCACUUUGUAUACAUAGAAGAAAGUCUAUGUGCUUUUGGGUUUUAAAUUGUCCCGAUCAAAAGUAAAUUAAACUUUGAUGAACUAUCUUUAAUAUGAAAUUCCUCUUUAUAUUCUCUAGUUUGAGAAUUGGAAUAAAAGAGUGAGUUAUACAACAACUUUUAAGAGACUACACUUGUAAUCGAGAUUAGGUGAGGGAAUUGGGUUUUAUGAUUGUAACGAUUAUAUUUUUUUAUUGUAGUUUUUCUUCUAGGUUUGGAGCUUUUCCAUGUAAAAUAAAUUAUUGUGUAUUGUAAUUUAAUUGUUUUCAUAAAUUCAAUGUCUAAUUGUUUUAAAA